AUGACAUCAAAAUUUGAUAAUAUUUACAAGUCCGAUCUUGUCACCAAUGCUAGUCUUGCCCUAUUUAAUACCAGAACUUUUAAAAAUACUAUUCAUCCAACAAAUUCUUUAAUUACAAAACUACCUCCAUAUAUUAUACAACAGAUAUUAGAAUAUGUCAACCAAUUUGAUUUAAUUAAUCUACUGUUGACUUGUUCAAGAUUAUAUUUGUUAGCCAUUGAAAAAUUAUAUAAACGUAUCACUAUAGUAUUAGAAGCUGAAUUCCCCAAUAAAUAUAAAGGUGAUUCUCAUAAAUAUAUUAUUGAUAAUGGGAUGAAAUAUAUGGAUAGUUCAUUAAUUUUCAAAUUAAAUAAUUUACUAAAAUUUAUCAUUACCAUCACUAAGAAUAAAUCGAUAUUCCAAUUAAUUAAAUAUGUGGUAUUUGAUAAAAGUUAUGAUACAUUUCAGGGGGGAAGUGAUUUAUUAAUUGCGUUACAAUGUCAAAUUAUGAAAAUUUUUGAAUUUUCUAAAAAUUUGAAUUUUUUACAUAUAUCAUUUGUUGAUUUCACUAAAGGAAUUGAUAAAUUAACCAAAUUUUUACUGUUUGAAAAUGUUCGUCAAAAAAUGUUUAAAUUAUUAAUAACUGAUUUAAAUCAAUUGAAUAAACCAUUUAUACCGCCAAAUUUAACUAAUCUAUUUUUAUUAUUGAAUGAUCAUGAUAAUGAUAAUAAUAAUAAUAAUAAUAAUAAUAAUAAUAAUAAAAUACCGAUUAUGGAUUUAUCAAUGCCACCAUUUGAUUGUUUUAAUUCCUUAUUUACAUUGACUUGUUCUACAACUAAUCAAUUGGGGUUAUCAAUAUUGAAAAAUUUGAAAUUAAGUUCAAGAAAUAUGAAAUUGAAAUUAAAAGGUUUAACAGUUUUCCAUCGUCAUAAAAAUACCUUCCUCACACCAGAACAAGAGCAAGAACAAGAACAACAACAACAAUCGGAUAAUUCUACAAAGUUGGAUUUUGAAAUAAUUAAUCAAACGAUUGAUUUAACUUAUUUAUCUCAUUUAUAUUUAAAAGUUGAUUGUAAUGAACAUCGAGAUAAUUUAUGUAAUUGUUAUGAAAUAUUUUUCGAUAAAUUUUCCCAAUUUUCUAAUCAAAAUAAUGGAUUACCAAAUUUAAUUAAUUUUGAAAUUGAAUCUUAUCCAAAUAUGGAAUGGUUAAGACCUCAUCAACAAAUGGAAAAUAUUUUAACUCCUUUAAGUGGUUUUAUUAAAACUUUAACCAAUUUACUGAGAUUAACUAUUGAUUUUUCUACUCCUGGUUUCAAAAUGUUUGAUAAUAAUUUAGCAUUAUCGAAUUAUAUGUUGAAUAAAUUAAAUKRAACAUUUAAUGCAAGCAUUUUUCUUAAGUUUUGUUAUUAA